AUGGACAAAGCAGCCCGCCUCUCAAAAGACCUAAUUCGUGUCGAUAAGGGCUUGAUAGAUUUAGACUCAAUAAUCUGCGACAAACAGCUUCGUUCGUGGCUGCUUGUACGGCCUCUGAUGAAACUGACAGCGGAUGAGCUGAAGGUGUGGCGGCCAACUGGCACUAUCCUCCAGUACGGAUUAGUCGGUGAGAUCACGCAGACUGUUUCAUCCUCAAGUAUCCUGAGCUUCAGCUACACUGGGACAGAUCGGAUCGCCGUUCAGUCCGGUGACACAAUCGGAUGGUACGUAAGUGGACAAGAAAUAGUCCGGUUCAAAUCAGGCGGUGGGGGAUACAACGACAACUAUAAGAUGUCUAUGUCUGCCCCGACCGUUGGCGCCAUCCUGGAUCUCACUGGCAAGGAAACAGGCAGAACCUACGCCAUUUACGCCACGCUGGGCCCUGGAAAUAUCCCCGUGUUCUCCAACUUGGAUCACUCCAUGUCGCAAGCCAAAACUGCUUUCUCCACCGCGGUGACUGUCUACACAGUGGUUGCUACGGACGCGGACCCAGGAGACAGUGUGGCAUACAGCUUGGCUUCUGUGACACCCAGUACUCACUUCACUAUCGACUCCAGCACUGGUGAGGUCAAGCCGACGAGCAGCCUUUCUGUGAACACGUACACGCUGACUGUCCGAGCAACUGACAACUGCGGAAGCACCCAGGACGCCACACUGACCAUAGACGUGAUCAACAACAAUCCCGUGCUCAGCAAUUUACCUUUCACGCUGAGUCAGCAUUUGUUGCUCUUUUCUACGUCAGUCGUGGCCUACACAGUGACAGCCACUGACCCUGAUGUAGGAGACAGUGUGACAUACAGCCUAAACUCUGUCACUCCUUCAACGGACUUCGCCAUUGAUUCCUCAACAGGUGACGUCACCCCAACAACUACCCCUUCCCUGGGCACCUACACGCUGUCUGUGAGAGCGACUGACACAGUCGGUGGCUACUUGGACGGGACACUGACCAUUGAAGUGACCAAUACGAACCCGACGUUCAGCAAUUUGGACUUCACAUUGAGCCAGCAGCACACACUGUUCUCCGUCUCUGUGACCGUCUACACCGUGCUGGCCACUGAUGCUGACGCCGGAGACAGCAUCACGUACAGUCUGAACUCUGUGACCCCAUCCGUGGACUUCACUGUGGACUCGUUGUCUGGCAACAUCUCCCCUUCAGCUACCCCGUCCGUGGGCACAUACACACUGUCAGUCAGAGCCACGGACUCGGUGGGAGGGUAUGUAGACGGAACACUGACCAUCGGAGUGACCAACGCAAACCCUGUGUUCAGCAACCUGGACUCUACCCUAAGCCAGCGACACACUCUCUUCUCCACCUCUGUCACGGCUUAUACCGUGCUGGCUACUGAUUCAGAUUCGGGGGAUAGUCUCAUGUACAGCCUCAACUCUGUCACGCCCACGGCCGACUUUGUUAUUAGCGCCUUAUCUGGUAACAUCUCCCCUACGACUGCUCCUUCAAUUGGUACCUACUCGCUGUCUGUGAGGGCGACGGACUCAGUCGGUGGUUUCGUUGACGGCACACUGACCAUCGAAGUGACCAAUGCUAACCCAGUGAUCGAGUCCUUGCCUGCCGCCGUGGAAGUCAGCGAGUCUGCGGUGGACGAAACACUCUUACAUACCCUCAACGUCACUGACCAGUCCAUGUUUUACGAAAUGCGUGUCGUUUUGGCUCGUAUUGAACGGGGUGGGGGCUCAGAUUGUUCAUGUAAAUGGAGGCACGCCAGCCAUGCAGAUGAGGGCAAGAAGGCCCCUAUGUCUGACACGUGUGACGUCGCUGCUGCGAGCAUUAGUAUUAUAUAUAACCUUUUUUGUCCUUUUUUUCUGCCCAGUAACCUCCCCGCCACUGUCCAGCUGGUAGAAAACCUUGCUGUUGGUACGUCAGUGUUCUCUGUCAGUGUGUACGACGAGGACGGUGAUACUGACCACACCUUUACCUACAGCUUCAGCCCAGCCGCCGGGACUAACCAGUUUGUCGCCAAUACUUCUACGGGCAUUAUAACGCUUGGCGGAGGUAAGGUGUCUCUCGCUCACAUCUGUGCAACCCCAUCUCCCAUCCGUCUCUCCUCUCCACCCACCAACCCUAUUGUUAGCCUUCCCAUUGCUUUCAAUUUGUUCAGAAAAAUGCAACCCGUCUUGUCAACAAAAAGAACCCUGGACUAUUUGACCCAGCCCCAGACUUACACGGUGUCUGUGACGGCAGCUGAUCAAGUGACCACCUCAACAGCUGCUGUGUUGACCAUCAACAUCGUGGAAGUCAAUGAGGUAGGUGUCUCCAAGUCAACUCAAUACAUCUGGCUAGUGGUCAUCUCUGACCCGGAGCCCCUGUCGGUGACAGCUACUCUGACUGUCUCUAUCUUGGACUCGAACGACAACAUCCCACAGUUCGAGAGUGAGAGCUACAGCGCCACCACCUACAGUGACGUCGCCCUGGGCACUACCAUCCUAACGGUCAACGCCUCGGACGAUGACGUCAGCACCGAGCACGCAGAACUGGUCUACACCACCCACGGCUCGACCGGCUCGAGUCUGUUGAGAAUUGACAAUAAAGGAAAUGUAUUUGUGUACAGCAGCUUGAGGACUUACGGCGAUUCGGAAGUCAGUGUGACGAUUCGAGUAUCAAACCCGGGUUCGAGCUCUUACGAUUCUGCCUCGGUGCGAGUCUUCGUGUACAACCCAGCGAGUAGUGAUUUCUUUGACAACGGCGGAAAUAUUGCGUGGGUGGUUCUCGUUUGUGUCUUUGCACCUCUACUGAUAGGUGGCCUCGCCUAUCUCUCUUACACGGCAUACACCAAGUGGGGUAUAUUCCAAAAGCCGAAUUAUCAUAUUAAGCAAGUGGCCCCUUAUGACACCAAGGCACCACCCACAAGCCGUCCUAUCUCUACUCACACGAUCAUUUCCAGUGGGCGGGUGACGCCAAGUGAUGUGCGUAUGAUUGAAGCACGCUGGAAUGCGUGGGGCAACCAGUCAUGGAACGGCGUCAGCAAACCUGGAUUCACCUUUUGAUCAACUGAACUCUGAAGUCAUAAAGUGUAGACCCAAUUAUAACAAAACGUUACAACGACACGUACUUGAAAGCAAGGGCGAAGGCUGACUUGUUUGACAGGGUAAUCAAAGUGAGAUGGGACCAGAUAGGGCCUGGAGAUA